GCAUCCUCCGGGGCAGGGGGUCUUCGCGGGAAACAAGCUACAGUCGGGUCACAAGGCGUCCUUAGUUUUUUAACUGAACUCGACACAAAACAUCCACGAAGACAACUGUUUUACCUUUCGGUUUGUUUUUAAUGGCCGCGUGUUAAAAAGCAGAGCAGUGUCACUCUCAAAUCUCUGCAUUUCUCCGAGUGCAUCCUCCCCGCUGCUAUGCUAGCGCCCGACGCUAGUUAGGUUGUUAGACCGGCUAACAUUUGCUUUGCUAAAUGCGUCUGGAAAAAGAAAUCGUUUAACAGCACGGAAUAGAAAGAGAGGAGGGGCUAGCACUGUCACGUCAAAAACAAAAUAUAUUGAAAAUGAGUUUGUUCAAUUUGGACCGUUUUCGGUAUGAGAAGAAGGCAACGCCAACCUCAAACAAAGACCAGCAAAAUGGGUCCGUAAGUCCGGAGUCUGAGAAAGAAAACAAGCCAGCUCCAGCGACCCCUGUCAAAAGCCCAGUGAAGUCAGUGAAGUCCCAGCCCCGAGGAGUGGUUUUUGAAGAUUUGGAAGAAGUCGUUUGCAUCAGCGACUCAGAGGAGGAAGGAGUACACUGUGAUGCAAGGGGCAAGACAUCAUCGUCCAAGAAAUCCAAAAGUAAAUCAUCCAAAAAUGUGGGGAAGGACGAGACCGAGGACAACAACGAUGGAAUGGAGAAAAAAAUGACCAAACUACUGGAGAUCUUUCCUCAUUUGAAGACGGAGGAGCUACAGGAGGUGAUUGAGACCACAUCUACAUUGGAAGGAGCUAUAGCUGUUUGCAUCGUGAAGUACGGUAAUAGAAAAGCCCCAGACGCAGACAGGAAGAGAAAGCUUGAUGCAUCCAGCAGCUCCCAGGACAGUGAAGACAUUAAGCCCACCAAGAAGAGGAAACACGAAGUGGUGGAAUUAUCUGAUGAAGAUGACGAAGAGACAGAGCCAAGCUGGGAGAAGCAGGAAGCCAUGGUCAGGAAGCUACAAAGAAAGUUCCCUGACCAGGACAAGGAGGAGCUGCGGAUGGUCCUGCAGGAGCAUGAGUGGAAAUAUCAAGAUGCUCUGGAAGUUUUAAAAAUGUUUUCAGACCAAGAGGACAUCAGCUCCAGUUCACCGGAGUCCAAGGAAACGAAAUCGAGUAAAUCAAAGAGCAAAGACAAGUCAAGCUGCGACCACAUGGAGUCGAAGCACCACAAAGACCGUAGAAAUUCGAAAGAUGGAAGAGACUGUAAGGACUCCAAAGACGACAGAAAUCUCAGACAAACAAAAAAUGAUAUAAUACAUGUAAAGAACAGUGAAGACUUUUGGGACUCAGAAGAGAGCAAAACAAGUCACGAUGCUUCCAACAAGUCAACAGGGUUCAGCAAAAGGUCUGCUUCACCGUCUUUAUCGUCCUCCGUCAAGAAAAGAUUUUCCUGUUCCUCUGUUGCCAGUAUUGCUAAGAGACAAGCAGCGGAGAGAAAGAGGAAAGCACGUGACUCGAAUGAACAUGUCAGCUCUGAGGGGGAGAGCAAUGAUGAAGAGGAGACCUUUAACAGUGACUUUGAUGACUCUGACAAUGAACUGACCUCUGAGGGGGGGAAUUCAGGUCUCAGAGGAGAGAUACUCACAUUCUUCCGGGAGUCAUCACUUGACGAGCUGAAGCUGAUAGCUGGGUGCUCUAUUAAAAAGGCUCAAAAGAUUGUUGAGCUGAGACCCUUUAAUAACUGGGAGAGCCUGGUGGAGGUCCUCCAAAAGGAGAAUGGACUGUCAGAGGAUCUACUGAUGGGCUGUAAAGUCGUUCUCAAGGAGCGAACAGUCGUCUUGGGACUCAUGUCCAAAUGUGAAACUAUUUCUUCUAAAAUGGUCAAACAGGUCACUCAGGUCAUGGAGAAGGGGCUAGGGGCCAUCAAGCAGCCCAAUGUACUCAACAGCCAGUUCCAGCUGAAGCCCUAUCAGCUGAUUGGUCUGAAUUGGCUGCUCCUUCUGCACCAGCACAAACUGAGCGGUAUACUGGCUGACGAAAUGGGUUUGGGCAAAACUAUCCAGGCCAUAGCGUUUUUAGCCCAGCUCUACGAAGAUGGAAUAACAGGUCCUCACCUCAUCACUGUGCCGUCCUCUACACUUGAUAACUGGGUCAGGGAGCUCAAGCUCUGGUGCCCAAGCCUUGCGGUUCUUGUCUACUAUGGAUCUGUGGAGGAUCGCCGAUACCUCAGACACGAAAUCCUCAAUCAAGAGGUAGAGUUUAAUGUCAUUGUGACCACGUACAACUUGGCCAUUGGAAAUGACAAUGACCGUAGCCUUUUCCGGAAGCUUCGUCUGAAGUACGCCGUGUUUGAUGAAGGUCACAUGCUGAAGAACAUGAGCUCUCUGCGUUACCGUCACCUUAUGGCUAUUAACGCACAGCAUCGUUUGCUGCUGACAGGAACCCCCCUACAGAACAACCUCUUAGAGCUGAUGUCCCUUUUAAACUUCAUCAUGCCUUCUAUGUUCUCCAGUUCCACGUCACAAAUCUCCAAAAUGUUCUCCAUGAAAUCCCACGAGGAGCAGAGCCGUUUUGAGAGGGACCGCAUCGCUCAGGCCAAACUCAUCAUGAAACCCUUUAUCCUCCGAAGGGUCAAGAACGAGGUCCUCCAGCAGCUGCCAGCCAAGAAGGAGAAGGUCGAGUUCUGCUCAAUGAGUGAGAAGCAGCAGGUUCUUUAUGACACUCUCUUCAAGAAACUCAAAAGGUCUAACUCUGGAGAAAAGCGUGAGCUGUGUAAUGUGAUGAUGCAUUUGAGGAAGAUGGCGAACCACCCUCUGCUUCACAGGCAGUAUUACACCACAGAAAAACUCAAAGCCAUGAGCCAACUCAUGCUCAAGGAGCCAAGUCACUUUGAUGCGGACCCACAUCUAAUCCAAGAGGAUAUGGAGGUAAUGACAGACUUUGAGCUGCACCGUCUUUGCCAGCAGUACUCCUCGGUCAGCUCCUACCAGCUCGAAAACGACCUACUGCUGGACUCUGGGAAGUUCCACCACCUCACAGAGCUGCUGACCUCACUUAAAAAAGAGGGAGACAGAGUGGUGUUAUUCAGUCAGUUUGCCAUGAUGCUGGACAUUUUAGAGGUACUACUGAAACACCUCAAGCACCGCUACGUCAGACUGGAUGGAUCCACACCCAUUGCUGACAGGAUUGGGCUGAUUGAUGAGUUCAACACAGACCCCGACAUAUUUGUGUUCCUGUUGUCAACGCGAGCUGGUGGAUUGGGCAUCAACCUCACCUCAGCUAAUGUUGUCAUUCUGCACGACAUAGAUUAUAAUCCCUACAACGACAAACAGGCUGAGGACAGAUGUCACCGUGUAGGCCAGACCAAGACUGUGAAGGUGAUUAAGCUGAUCAGCAAGGACAGUAUAGAGGACUGCAUGCUGCAGCUGGGCCAGAGGAAACUCAAACUGGAGCAGGACAUGACUGCAACUGAUGGUGGUGAGGGGGACAUACCUGAAGAUAUGGCAUCUUUGCUCAAGGUUUCACUGGGACUGUGAUACAGGCACAUAAGCACACUGAACUUGAAACCGUACAAGUAAAUAUGUACACUAACAUUUUUGAAAUGGCAUUCCUGUGAUUUUGGGUGGACCUCAGUGUGCUGACUGAACACGCACUUUGUGUCUGUACUGAAAAACUGUUGACACCGCUGCAUUUUGUUUGCCACAGACUAGAAGACUGAAACGUAUUUUUAUUAAUGCAUCUGUGAACUGAUGUAAACCUGCUGCAAAUACUUGAAUGGUGUAAUUCUUGGACUUAACCAUUGUUGUGCUCAGAUUCCUGUUAAAAUAUAAGCUGAUUUUACACUUUAGGGACCCAUGUUUUCAGUAAUUGAGUAAUGUCUCUGUAUGAGACUCAAUAUAAAGAAAACUUGACAUUACUUUUUUAAUAUUGACUAAAAAGAUGCUUGUGAACCACAUGCUGCUAUAGAAAAACUUCUGAUACUGAGAGGUUCUGAUUUGACACCAUGCAGCUAUGCUUGAAACACCAUUUUUACAUGCACACAGUGACCCAGUUUCUCUUAUUUUGAUUUUGAGAAUAUUACAGAUAGGCUAAACAAAUUUUGUAGCUUUAAAAAUUAACAACGCUGCAAAUGUUAAGCCAGGGUCUGAAGUUGCGAGGUCUAUGAUAGACCAACUUAGGGGACAUGGUGUGUAGAUAUCCAAACAACCAUCCAGUAAUACAUCUAAGGCUGGAGUACUCCACGUCUUGGUAUCAGAAGCAUUCUGGUUUCCGUUUCUGUUGAUGUUUGUGCAUUUUGUGGAAAGAUAUUCAACUAGUAGUAGUAAAACAAAUGGGAAAAAUUUCCGUUUCGUUUUCUCUACACUGGAAAAUCUGAAAAAAAAAUUGUCUGUUGCCUUCCAGAGGCUAAAAUGUCAUCAGAGGUCAUCACGGUUUCCAAGACUGUAACCGCAAUACUAAGGACGUGACCUUUUAAGAAGUAUCAUAAUUCCAAGUCCACAUAACUCCUUGUCUUACAAUGCAACGUUCCCUUAGUCACAAAGACCAAACUAUUGAUAUGCUUGAGAAGGUGAUCACUGGAGUGCUGACAGUCCUUCGUGGCAUUGUAGUGCAAACCAGGCUAAUGGGAAACCCUUGACGUGACAUGGUAGUAGCUUUUGUCCUUAACCAAGGACUUAUUCAAGAUGGAUCUUUAAUUUACAUUUUUAUAUCCUUCUCAUAAAUAUCCCUCAUGUUGACUGAACAGAAUAUUCCAUAUUAUUGUAUGGAAACUGACUUGCUUAGUCCAGAGUUAAAGGGUUAAAUGUAGACUGUUAAACCUGCCUCAUCUUAUAGUAAAUACAUUCAGUUUACAUUCAAAGUUUUUUUUUUUUUUUUUUUUUUUUCUUUAUUGCCAUGUCCUGCAGCGGUUAUGGGUAACAGUACUUAUGACGAUUUUACUGCCCAAUAUUGAUUUCCCCUCUCUAAAAUCCUGGAUCAGAGCAUUUUAUACCCAUUUCCAUCAAAAAGUGUUUCAACUUGUAAUCUGACACUUAAUAUGGAAUGUCUGGAAUAUCCCUCUGCUAUUAUAAAAGAUGAACUUCAAUCACUGUCAAUGCAGCUGUCCAUCAAAGGCAGGCUGCUUGACUUUUGACCCAGUGUUUUAAGAGUGUUAUGAAAUGGGGUGUGGUGGAUCACUCAGAGGCGCAGAUGUCACAGUUGUUAUAGUGAGGAAAACUCUAUUCCAGUACAAAAAUAUAUAUCAUAGACUAAUAGAAUGUCUUUUAAAUAUAUGAUGCUUUUAUGGAUUCGUUUGCUGUUUCCAUUCCUUGAAAUAUGAUGACCCAAACCACCCAUAGGGGAGAGCGAACGGAGUAAGCACCUGCUCUGUUAAUGUACUGUACAAGUGGCUCGUGUGUUGUAAGUGUUCAACUGUGGCUGUUUAAGCUUUUAUGAGAUCAUUUGUAUGUUUUUGUAUGUUACUGUUUGCAUUGAAUAAUAAAACAUUGUAAUAGA